CGUGCUAGCGGCCCUUCCACCUUCUCCCCAUCAUCUCGCAUCUCCUCCUCCUCGUCUUUUUCUGGUCGUCCACGACCAACACCACGAGUAGACGAGCAAAAUGCUACCCCUCCCGCUGAAAAGCGAGUACCUUGGGUACAAGAAGGACACCGACGCAGUGGCAGCAUGGCUUGCCUCGACCGCAAAGAAAUGCGGCUUCCCUGCCGACCAACUCAAGUCGGGUUCGUGGGACACCUCGGACACUUCGUCACUCUCCACAAAGUCCUCCAGUAGCGGCCGGAAGAAGGGCAAGGCGCGCAAAGCGGCCAGCGCAGCCGUUCAAGCCACGAAGAAGGCCAUUCACGGUGUCUCCAAGUACAUUGUUGCCAUAUCGGAUUAUCCCAAGUUGGCAAAGCACAUUGCCGACACCGCGGACCCGGCCAUUACCGUUCCCGAUAACUUUGUGGUCACCAUCAAUCGUGUCAUCUCCAAUCGCUCCGGCUUCGGUGAGCGUUUGGCUGAGCAUGGUGUUGGACCGGACACCAAAGGCGAUUUGAAGCAUCGCCACUUUGUUGAGGUCCUGAAGAAGGUCCGAGAAGCCCUCCUCCCUCGCAUGUCUAGCAAAGCCUCCACUUCGACGAAGGUCAAGGCUGCUAAGUCGGAUGAAAUCAGCAACAGAUUUGCUGGCCUGGCCGUCGAAGAGCCCUCGCAGGCCUUCCUGGAUGCUCCUGAUGUUGAGAGACCCACCCAGCCGACAGAAGACAAGACCAUCUAUGAAGCUGAGACACUCGCUGAGCUCGAAGAUGUUUUGUUCACUUAUACCAUCAUGAUGAACGACCUUGCCCGCAUCCGGGCUACCAUCCGCUGGAUAUGGGAGAACUACCAGAAGGGCCUCUUCGAUAUUGCAGCGGCAGCUGUUGCUACCGACACCGCUCUCGCUUUGGCCCGCGGUAUCAUUGACGAGGCCGAACCUAGCUUCAAGAACUUUGAGGGGGCUACCUGGGGUGUGCAACACAAGUUCUUCCUCGCUUGCUGUCUUCGCAAGGGCUACAACAUCAACAGCGUCUUCUCUGACGAUGCGUCGGAUAACUUCAACUACAACAUGUAUGAUCUUGCUGAUGAGUGCUUCAUCAACGCUCAUCGCUGUCUGCUUUCUUUCCUCGACGUUCUCUCGCCAGACCAUUUGCCCAUUAUCAGGGAAGGCGUCUUGGGCCACUAUGAUCCCACCAAAAACCGGGAUAACCUGCCUGGACACGCAAAGUUCAAGGAAGAUCAGAUCCUCCUCAUGGAGUUUCUGAGCGAGCUAACGGUUGUUACCCGCAUGAUUCCCAGCUAUCCCGUCGAGGACGAAUUCAUGCGCGGAGUUCGAGAGAUGGACAAGACAAGCAAGAUUCCAUUAUCACUGGUCUUUGCCGCCCAGACCUUCCUUGACAUUCAUCACCUGCUACGAGUCGAUGUUUCGCAAGGAUCCAAGUUCAUGCAAAACGAGAUAAAGCACCUCAGUCAAACCCUCAAGGAUCACCUCGACUAUCACAAGAAGAGCAAGUUGCGGAUCAAGAACUGGCCCGAACGCAUGGAUGACAUGCUGCGGUUGGUGAUCAAGCAAGGGCAGGAGAUUGUGGCGGACCCCGUCUACCAGUGCAAGGUUAGCUACUAUCGCCGAAACAAGAUACCGAUUGCGUCGUCUAUGAGGCCGAAUCGAAUCCUGGACUACUCCCCAGUCCUUGCCGGCCUUAACCUGCUCAGUUACCGAGGGGAUAUGUACUCCAUUGGCUUCGACGCUGCAACCGCUUGGGGAUCCAUCCAGUAUACAACCCAUCUCUACUCUGCGCUCCAGAAUGAGAAGCUGGUUGAUCCUCACUUCUGGCCAGACUUGGAAAUGGCCCAGGCCCUUCUCCCUGAUUCUAGCUUCUUUCCUGGAGGAAUCGCCCCGAAGACUCGCAAGAAGUACCUUGAGACCUUCGUACUCCAGAUGGGGGCCGCUGGGGUCCCGCGUGGUCUCAAGAAAGGCCUACCAGUUUCAUCCAUCUUUGUGGAGAAGUAUCUGAAGCGCACCGAGGUCCCCUGGACGCCCGAGAAUAUCCACGACAUUGUUUCCCAUAUUGAGAAGAAACGUACGUUGGAGGCCAAAGGCAAGAAGCGCGAGGAGUACCUGCGACCGGAUGAACUCAUUCAGGCGGCAGUCAUGGCUCUCCACGAGGAAGUUACGGAGAUGUCGUUCCCUUGGUUGACACUCCACAAGUCAUGCUGGGAGGUGAUGAAGCUGGUCAAGGAGAAGAACCAUCAGCGUUUAUCGCAGAUCUUUGGUAGCGGCUACCUCAAUGACAAGAGCCAAAUGCCGUUUGUGAUUGGGUACAUCUUCAUGACCACGUGCGGCGAGUGUCCCGGCCAUCUGAGGACCAUGGACCUCAUGGAGCAGGCCGCGGAGGCCGUCAAGGAUCUGCUUCAACGCCGAUUGCCUGAACAUAUCUCACAGUGGUCAUUUCCUUCGUCUUUGGUUUCAGCUCUCAUGCCCCUUAUCGAGUUUGAAGCUGAGGGUAAAACGGAAAAGGGAAUUUUGAUGCUCAAGAACAUUGACGUGCAAGAUCAAAAAGCGCAUCGUGAAGCACGAUUUGUCGUGGGCCACAGGCGACAAAAACCACGAUCAUUGUCUGACAGCUUCGGCUCCAUCGAGAACCCUGAGCCAGGCACCCUACAUCGAUGGCUACGUCUUUAUGACGUGGGCCGGUAA